CAGCCCGAGCCGCACAAAGCUGGAAACUGUAUCUUUAUUUCCCACCCGGAGCUCCGUUGGCUUCUAACCACGGCCGCUCUCGGUGAGGAAACUCUGGCCUCCGCUUCCUCCUCCUCCGACUCGGACACCGGCGGAGCGUCGCCGCCCCCGCGGAAGAAGCACCGAGCCUCGGCGGCGGAGGGAGCAGGAGAGCCCGGGGCUUCGACGUUUGUAGCAGGCCUACCCGGAGUUGUCUUAGGACUUGCCACACACUCUCAAGCCACCUCUGCUAUUCACUUUAACCGAAGUGCUGCCAAUAACCUCGGUGGUAGUAUGCAGGCAAACGGGGCAGGACAGGGACAAGAAUCAUCCGAGCUUUCCUGCUUAAACAGCGCACAAAACGGAGAGUCCUCCUCGGUUGGUGGACCUCACUCCAACGGGCUACCAUCCAGUACGGACAACGGCAACAGUGUCGGAACCAGUAAUGGCUCAUCGGCCGUUUCUACGGCUUCUACCUCGGAUGUUGGCUCUUGGAAAAAGAAGAAACGACUUUCGCAGGCCGAAGAAGAUGCCAUAAGAUUAAUAGGACAACAUCUCCACGGACUUGGGUUAAAUCAGACAGUGGACCAGCUGAUGCAGGAGUCGGGGUGCAGACUGGAGCACCCCUCAGCUACCAAGUUCCGCAAUCAUGUCAUGGAAGGAGAGUGGGACAAGGCUGAGAAUGAUCUCAACGAGUUGAGAGCACUGAUGCAUUCGCCCAAUGCUAUUGUGCGGAUGAAGUUCUUGCUGCUGCAGCAGAAGUACUUGGAGUAUCUGGAGGAUGGUAAAGUCCUGGAGGCACUGCAGGUUCUUCGAGGCGAGCUGACGCCACUGAAGUACAACACAGACCGUAUUCACGUACUCAGCGGGUACCUCAUGUGUAGCCAUGCUGAGGAUCUUAGGGCAAAGGCGGAAUGGGAGGGCAAAGGCACGACCUCCCGUUGCCGACUGCUCGACAAAUUACAGACCUAUCUACCCCCUUCGGUGAUGCUGCCCCCACGGCGACUGCAGACGUUGCUGCGGCAAGCGGUGGAGUUGCAGCGUGACCGCUGCCUCUAUCACAACACCAAACUAGACAGUAGCCUGGACUCGGUCUCUCUGCUCCUUGACCACGUUUGCAGCAGAAAACAGUUCCCCUGCUACACACAGCAGAUUCUGACUGAACACUGUAAUGAGGUGUGGUUCUGCAAAUUCUCCAACGAUGGCACCAAACUUGCCACUGGCUCCAAAGACACUACGGUCAUAGUUUGGCAAGUAGAUCCGGAGUCGCACCAGUUAAAGCUUCUGCGGACUCUAGAGGGACACGCUUAUGGAGUCUCCUACUUAGCCUGGAGUCCCGACGACACGUACCUGAUCGCUUGUGGACCUGACGACUGCUCCGAGCUCUGGCUUUGGAAUGUGCAGACGGGGGAGCUGCGGACCAAAAUGUCGCAGACCCAGGAGGAGAGUCUGACGAGUGUGGCUUGGACACCUGACGGCAAGCGCUUUGUCACAGGAGGACAAAGAGGACAGUUUUAUCAGUGUGACCUGGAUGGAAACUUGUUGGACUCUUGGGAAGGGGUGAGAGUGCAGUGCCUGUGGUGCCUGAGCGAUGGCAGGACAGUGCUGGCCUCAGACACGCACCAACGUAUCCGUGGAUACAACUUCGAGGACCUUACGGACAGAAACAUUGUCCAAGAGGACCACUCGAUCAUGUCGUUUACAGUUUCAAAAAACGGAAGAUUAGCUUUGUUAAAUGUAGCAAAUCAGGGAGUGCACUUGUGGGACUUACAGGACCGCGUGCUGGUUAGAAAGUACCAAGGUGUGACCCAGGGCUUCUAUACCAUUCACUCCUGCUUUGGAGGACACAAUGAAGACUUCAUUGCCAGUGGGAGUGAAGACCACAAAGUGUACAUCUGGCACCGGCGAGGAGAACUGCCCAUUGCAGAGCUCACCGGUCACACACGCACCGUCAACUGUGUAAGUUGGAACCCAACCAUCCCUGGACUUCUUGCCUCAGCCUCAGAUGAUGGCACAGUGAGAGUUUGGGGUCCUGCGCCUUUCCAGGACACACAAGAGGCAGAUGGACUGAAUGAAAACUGCAGUAACAUGGACAGUUGAUGAAAGCUGAUGGAGAAGAAGACAUUUCUCGUGGACAAUUACCUAAGAAUCCCACAAUGCGUAUAAAAUCUAAACAGGCGUCAACAAAAACACACAACUUAACGCAAGUCUAGAAAAUCGAAUCAAAAUGACAGAGGAGAAAAAAACUGGGACGAUUAGUCCUGACUGGCCUGAAGGUGAAGGCAACGGUGGACAUCAAAUCCGUGUCCUCGUUCUGAUGCAGAGGCUCAGCAGAACACCAAGCUCCAUCUGAUGGUGAGCUGUAGCUGCAGUUUUGUCCUCUUCCAACUGACCUGGCUUCCUCCAACUUGCUGCAUGACUAUGGCCAUGUAAGGUCACCUGGAAACUGACCUCCACCUUUAUCCCAAGGCACAUCACAACGCUGUGGCGCCUUGAGACAGGCACCUUUUACUCGACUUCACCUGUCUGCUUUACCAGUUAAAGUGCGGACAAGGAUGGGAUGUCCUAAGGGGAGGAUACUACAUAGGGGGAUAUAGCAACUCUUGUGUAUGUAUUUAUCCUCUUUUCUCUUGCUUUUCUUGUUGCAUUUGAUCAGUUGGACUAAGUCUGAAAAUCAAAUGCAACACCAGUUGAUGAUUUGAAAAAAAAAAGGCUAUGUUUAAUGUUGUUUUUUUAUGAUAGUGAUAGCUUAAUUCUCAUUUCAAAGGGGAAUCUUAGCUAAAGUAGCGCCCGUGGAACGCUUCAGCACUAAGAUUCAACUUUUCCUGUUCUCCACGUAAAUAAAAAAAAAGCUUUUUAUUCAUAAAUCCUCUCCUGGAGAGUUGCUGUAUUUCUGCCACCUGACAGCGCCCUGACGCUCCACGUAGUUGCUGCACAACCUCAUUACAUCCACCCGUCAAUGACACAGGUGACAUAUCAACAAGGAGCUGAGGGCCCCCUCCCCUCCCCCUGUCAGGACGUUAACAAUGACCCUUCCUCAAAGUGAGAGGUGGAGAUUUAGUAAAACUCGCUGUCUCUCCUCUGUGUGACUGUGAUAAAGCAUGCACACGCUCGCAGGAGUCUCGUGGUUGCAGUCAUGGUUGGCGUGUGUUUUGUAUCUGUGUUCAACUCACACCAGCAGAAGAACCCCUCCUCCCCAUGCCCCCUAAUCCCAAUACUAAAAUUGUAAAGAGGAUUUUAAACCAGUUCUAAGUUAUAUCCAAAGCCCCCAACGGGACCUCUAAAAAAAAGAAAUCUGUGGAACAAAGAAUACUUGAGAGCCAUUUUUGAAAAAGUUACGUUUUAAAUCUGGGGCUUUAAUUUUUACUGCAUAUUUAAUUUCCCCUUCUCACUGUGUGGCAGUUACACAGCACUGAGUUAUAGGAAUUGUUUUGCGAGUAAAUGACUUGCUUCAAGCCGUUAGCAGUGAUUGUAAUUGUGGUAGUUAGACUCAGCCCGUGAGAGAAGACAAGAAGUGUCAAUAACAUAAUGAGUUUGCUUUGAGCUGACUGUUCAGGGUGUGAAGUCCUUCAACACAAACUGCCUUCCUUUUCAUACAGUUGCACAUGUUUGAGAAAAAAAAAACAAAAAAAAAACUCACCCCACACACCCCCCCCGCCUUUUUCCCCCCACUGCACUUUUAGUUGGUGUACACACAAGGCUCCGCAAAAGUGUUGGCCUUGCAACAAUUUAAGUUUGCAACUUUUUGGAUCUAAAUCAAAUGAUUUCCAUAGCAAAAAGCCUCACUUUGCCUCUAUGCACCUCCUAAGAAAAGACCCCAAAUCUUACCGAAGCAAAUCACGCACACAGUCCCACGUGGAGGGCUCCACCCCUGGAUAUUCACCAUUAACAACCCCCACCGCACCCCACUCUCGAGCCAGGUGGUCAGUGCGACGCUCAAAGCUUUCUUCCCUUUUUUCAGGGCAUGUAAUAACUAUUUGCUACAGACUGAUAUACAGUAAAAUGUUUAAGAAACUGUGCUUUUCUGUCUGUUUUUACUGAAUAUUUUGUUACUUUAAGUUUUUGUUCACAUUAUAUCUUUUUUUUUUUUUUGGUUGACCUUUACCCCUGUAUGAUCAUAUUAAAAUAUAACCAGAUA